AUGAAUACUCCGGCUCGUGUUUCUCUUUAUAUGCCGCUCUGUUUUUCCUGUGCGUAUUCUGCCAAUCCCAGAACAAUCGGACCGCCAACUAGCUCUACGGCCAGCAUGUAUGUGCGUGAAACAAGCCAGGGUGAGACGGGGGCUAACGCAACACAACAGAUGACCAGUGCACGUGGGGAUGAAACAAUCACUAGCGUCACGAUGACAGACAUGGUCAGCGAGGAGACCGAUGCAAACGACAGCGAGAUGCGAGGCACACACUGCGGCUCAGUCAUGAGUGGCAAAAUACGUACAUGGAAAAAGAGCGGCAUACAACGAGGACCAUGA